AUGGCAACUAAGGCUGUUCACAUCGAGCUAGCAGUCGAUUUGACAGCAGAAGCAUUCUUGAACGUGUUUAAGCGAUUCACAGCAAGAAGAGGCUGUCCUGCGGACAUAUUUUCGGACAAUGGUCUCAAUUUCGUGGGAGCAGAACACGAGCUAAGCGAACUAACGCAUCUUCUCCAAGAUAAGGCAACACAAGGAAAGAUUAUGGAAUAUGCAUUAUGUCAGAGCAUAAAAUGGCACUUUAUACCACCUAGGGCCCCACAUCAAAGAGGACUCUGGGAGGCUGCAGUGAAGGCAACCAAAAGGCAUUUAGUCAAAAUGACGAAAGAAGCACAUUUACAAUGGGAAGAAUUGGAGACUCUUCUCAUUCAAUGCGAGGCAAUCCUAAAUUCUCGCCCUAUAACUCCGAUAUCGUCCGAUCCUCGGAACCUCACAUUCUUAACACCUGGCCAUUUUUUAAUAGGCACUCCUCUUACAGCGUGCCCUGAAGAACCAGUUGAAGGCAUUCCAGCGAACCGACUUUCAAGAUGGCAAAUUCAGCAAAUUAAGCAACAGUUUUGGCGACGCUGGAGUCGUGAAUACUUACAUUCCCUGCAACAAAGAAAUAAAUGGUAUGCCUCCAAAUCUCCAAUUGAUGUGGGUCAAGUAGUCAUCCUAAUGGAGGAUCACGCGCCACCAUUAUCCUGGAACCUCGGGAGAAUCCAAGAAUUGCAUCCCGGAGAGGAAGGUGUAACUCGUACCGUGACUGUUCGAACGGCCAAGGGAAUUUAUAAGCGUCCAAUCACGUGGUUGUGUAUACUUCCUAUAGCAAAUGAAGGUAGAGAGAUGUCUAGCCAGAUUAACCCUAGCGAUAGCGGUUGA